CCUUUUCAAUAUGCUAAUAAACAUAAUGAUAAUACAACACAAGCACUUUUGCUUUUAGGACAGUGGAUUUUAAAUAUAGCAAAAUCAAACAAAUCUGAACAUAAAGAUGAAUUGUUAACAUAUCUUAGUUUAGCAUUAUCUAUUUUUGAUAAAACAAAAAACAUGAACAAAAUCCUCCUAGUCUUUUAUUUGUGA